CCUCCCCUCGUCCGGCGAUCCCGCCUCCACCGCGCGCGGAUCCCCUCUCCAGCAACCAAAGCGCGCGGCUCGCUGCGCCGAGCUAGCGCGAUGCCCCCCCGCAAGCGGCCCGCCGCCGUCCUCGACGCCGGUCACGCCACCACGACGACGAGUAGACAAUCGUCGGCGUCCUGCAAGAGGAGCCGCACCAGAAUCCGAAGCACCGAGGAGUACGAGGAGGAGACCCGCCUCGGCGAGGGCGGCUUCGGCUGCGUCCUCCUGGCGCGCCACCGCGACACCCGCAAGAUCGUCGCCAUCAAGUACCUCUACUGGCCGGACGGGUCCCAGCAGCCCCCCGACGCCGCCGAGCUUCUGCGGGAGGCCCGAUUCCUCGAGGCCUGCGACGGGAACCCCUACGUCGUCGGCUUCGAGGGCCUGGUGCGCGACCCCGACAACGGCGCCUUCGGCCUCGUCAUGGAGUACGUCGCCGCGCCGAGCCUCCACAAGUUCCUGCGGAACAGGCGCAGCGGCCAGCCGCUCCCGGAGUCCACCGUGCGCGCCAUCAUGUGGAAGCUCCUCACCGGUGCCAAGACGAUGCACGGCCGCCACGUCGUCCACCGCGACAUCAAGCCCGGCAACAUCCUCGUCGGCCAAGACGGGGAGCUCGUCAAAAUCUGCGACUUUGGGCUGGCGAUCUCCAUGUCCGAGCUGCCGCCGUACAACCAGGCCGGCACGCCGUUCUACGUGGCGCCCGAGGUGCUCCUGGGGAAGCGGGACUACGACGCGCUCGUGGACACGUGGUCUAUCGGCUGCGUCAUGGCCGAGAUGCUCACCGGUAAGACGCUGUUCCUCGGCGAUGAUGACGACGACGCCGCAGACAAUGAGAUCGUCCAGCUCUGGAGCAUCUUCCGCUUGCUCGGGACGCCGGACGAGAGGACGUGGCCGGAGUUCACGUCGCUGCCGCUCACCGCAAAGGCGCUGAAACUGCUACCGCGGGGGCACAAGCACGACAAGCUGCGGGAACUGUUCCCUCAAGAGAAGCUGUCCGAGCAUGGGUUCCAGGUGUUGCAAGGCCUUCUCACGUGCAACCCCAACCAGCGACUGACGGCGGCCACGGCGCUCAAGCACCGAUGGUUUGCUGCUCCUCGUACAGCCGCCGCCGCUCCAAAGGUCGAAAAGAAGGCACCAAGGACCAAGUUCAUCCCGCCGGCCAUGCCGCAGAAGAAUCUACUCAAAAUUCCACUCGCCGUGUGGAACGCAGCACAACAAGUGUAGUUGAACUCUCGUGAGCCAUCUAUGUAAAUGCUAGGAUAAACUCUCGUGAUGUAACUGCGCUUGGAUGAGCUAUCUAUGUAAAUGCUAGGAUAAACUCUCCAGAUGUAACUGUGCUUGGAUGAGCCAUCAAGUAGAACUUGGUCGCCGGAUCACCCAUUAGUGUUGGCCUGCUUUUCUGAAUUGUAUGUGCCAUUAUGCACACGUUCAGAGAAUACGUCAAGAUGUGUAAAUUGUGAUGUACUAGUGUUGAGAGACCCAUCACAGUGCUGUUGUUUACAGAUGCUCAGUUGUUAUUGAGUUACAGUGCUCAAUUUGUGCGUUUUUUCUUCCAAAAUCCGGAGUUGAUGAUAAAUAUG